AUGCUGAGCGAAAAAAGUUUUCGAUCUCAAAUUAAUAUUUUAUUUUGUGGAGAUCGUGAUACAGCUAAAUCACACUUACGACAAUACAUCUUUCGCUUGAUAUCACGUGCUCAAUAUACUAAUGAUGAAGGUACAAGUGUAAUUGGUUUAACAUCUAAUGUUACAAAAGAUGGAGUGAAGGUGCUCGAUCAAUAUUUCACAAAUUUAUGGUAUGUUAUACUUUGGAUUGAUUUUGAUUAUUCGAGAAAAAAUGAUGCAUUAUUACAACAAACGAUAUUAAUAGCUACAGCUAAUAUUAUAUGUACAUUAGAUGCUCGAAUAUCAAUUUUAGCUGCUGCUAAUUCGAUUGAAUCUCAAUGA